CUUCAAUUAGAAAGUAUAACCACCAAUUAUAAUUUUUAGAAUAAAAAAUAAAAUGGCUGAAUGCUCUUACGACAAACAGAGCAUGUUAACCGAAUACAGGUGCAGCUUUGUAACUGCGAAAGAUCAUGCUGAUAAAACUCGUUCAAAAAAUUCACCCGGUGCUCAACUAAACUCGGGUUUGACUGGUAGUGAAGUAAAAGAAUUUUACGAGGAAAUUAUAAAUGAACCAAGCUUAUCGACUACUAGAAAGGUCAAAAGUAACAAAAAACGUAAGCGAACAACCCGUGAUAAACAGGAGUUAGUUACAUUAAACGAAAACCGAUGGGUAACAAUGUUACUGAAGUAUUCGUCGUCCGGCAAUUUGAAAGAAGUGCAAGAAUUGCUCGAUAAUGUGAAAGAUAGUAGAAAUUAUACAAAGUUGAUCAACGCACGUGAUUCUUACGGCUGGACAGCUUUAAUGUGUGCAGCGGCUGAAGGCCACCUUUCUGUUGUGAAAUAUUUAAUUAAGAAAGGCUGUGAGCAUAGAAAUGUUUGUGACACUUCCGGGAUAAAUGUUUUGAAUAUUUGUCAGAAACGACAGCAGUGGAAUAUUUUAAAUUAUUUGUACGGAUUAGAUGUUAAAAGUGAAAAAAGUGAUCCUGAUGAGAGUAGGUGUAAUGAUACAAUGCUCAGGUGUGAAUUGUGCAAAGUGGAAUAUCUUGAGAGUAAACAGAAACAACAUGAAUCCUCAAUGCUUCAUAUUUUUAAUGACAAAAAUAAAAAACCGAGCAACAUUUUGGGCCUGCCGGGACAUAACGUUGGUUAUAAAAUGAUGCUGCGUAGUGGAUGGACUAUUGAUAGAGGACUUGGACCUGACGGCACUGGUCGCAAAAACCCGAUUAAAACGAUACUAAAAAAAGACAGGGCUGGCUUGGGACUUAAAAAGAAGAUCGAAAGGGUCAGCCAUUUUGCAGCACAUGAUGAAGCAGCUGUAUCUGGUAGUGGUAAUCUUCAGAAUCGCUUGCAGAAAAAGUGUACUAUGAAAACAUACGAGAGAAAAAGAAAACGUGAAAAAAAUUGGGAACAGAACAUGAGAAGAUAUAUGUCGUCAAAUUAUGAAUAAGUUAUAGAUAAAAUAUCAUGUCUAAUUUAUACUGCUUUUAAAUAAAUACACGCUUUUUUUUAUAAGAACCCUGGCGAAGGGCCAAGUUCUAAAAGUUUCUUAUUUGUAGGCUGAAGCUCUAUGUUUUUAGUUCCAAAAGUUUCUUAUUUAGUUUCUUAAUUUUCCUAGUAAAAUAAGGGUUUCUUAUAUCAAAAAAAUAGCUAGUUCCAAAAGUUUCUGUAUUUUUUGAACUUUUUUUUUAAAUAAAAAAAUAAAGCAUU